CAGGACACCUUCAAUUUAGAAACCAUUACAUUACACUUCAAAGUCCCAAAUAUCCAUCAGUGCAGUGAUGUUUCCUGUGUCUCCAUUAAGCAGCAAGGCUUCUCCUAGUACUUCCCUUCUAUCUUUACUUACUCCAGUGGAACAGUCAGAUUCUGAAGGUGUAGAGAACCAAAAACAGUGUACCAUGGUUUCCUCCCUUCCCUUGCCCUGUUGGGCCACCCAGGCCCUCUGUGAUUUAGCAGUUAGUGAAACAGAGCUCAGGCGACUUCGGGAGCGGCAGGCAGUUGAGGCUGAGAUAGCGGGCAGAGCAGUGGAACGUGCUCUGCUUGGAGCACAAAGAGAGGAACGUCGCCUCUUGGAAAGAGUGGAGCAGGAUCAUCGGGAUUUACAGCGCAGACUGGAGCAGUUGCAAAGGGACAAUGCAGCAGCUAUCAGAGUUGGACAAGCACUUAUGGAGCAGCGCUUGCAUAAAAUUUGUCAGUUACGAGAUCGAAUUAAAAAAACUGCAAAUGGAGACAAAGUUGGGGGUGAAGUAGACCAGAAGUAUGAUUUGCUUCUUAAAAGUGUUGCAGAGCUUCUUCAGCCAUGGGAAAUUUCACUUGCUCUGAAACGUGUUUCGUUCAAGCCCAGUGCCCAACCAAAUGCUGUCACGUUCGGUGAGAUCACGGUGCAGGACCACACUGUUAAUCUCCCUGUUGGUGCUUGUGGAUUACAGGGACAGCUAUGUUCCCUUCAUGCCUCUUGUGGGCAGUGUGAUAAAUGGACAGAACCUGGAACAGUAGGUAGGAGCAUGCCUGAUGGAGCAGGGCCUGGACAUAGCCAAGUUCAACUUUCAUCAGAUAGUUGUGGGAACCAGAGGGCUAUCCGAAAAAUCAAACUGUCAGCCCAAAGUGAUGAAGAAUCUGGUGUGAAAGAUGUGAAACCACUGUCACUACAUAUGGGCCACUGGCCCCCAAAACUUGUCCCCAGUGCACAUGAAUCAUCACAGGAGGAAGAGUGUGAAUCACCCACAUCUGAAUCCAAAGGAGAUGGGCUUUUCCUGGCUGUACCAGCAUUGCUUAACAACAUAGAGUUAGAAGAAGAAUUUGUGUGUCAGCAAAAUGGAUCAAUUCAGUCUCUUGCUUCAGAAGCAGCAAGGAACCAGCUGGAACCUCUAUCCUCAGAAAGAGAAUAUCAGCAACAGAGAGCUCCUUUCUUAUUCAACCAGUGUGAAGAUCCAAAGGUGGAUAGGAGGCAACAAAACUCCUUCAAGGGAAGAUCUCGAAUUAGCUCAAUGCCAUGCCCAAGAAGCCAUAGAGAUCCCAAAUCUAGUCACAUUUGCCAGGAUUUGCCAUCACAUGACCUUCCAUUGUCUCACUUUGCUACAUCCUUUGAUGAUCAUGGAUACAACCGUAGUCCUUCUCCUGCUGAGAGUGUUGAUUCUGGAUACACGUUCAUUCUCAGCUCUUCUAAAAACUUUACCACUCCAAAUCACAGACUCUCUAGGUCCAGUAGUGAGCUUUCUCAUAUACUCUUCAAUGGCAAAGACCAAUCAAGCAAGCGGAAGGCCAAUAGGCACCAGCAAUCCUCAGCAUCACAGACUAAAUAUGGCCUUAGUCAUGGAAAUUAUUCAGAAAAUGAACACCCACAACAUAAAAGACAGUCUUGGGGAGUUUCACGUUCACUGUCUAUGUCAGGCAUUGAUCGAUCCUCCCAAGAAAGACUAAAUCAACAUGUAUGCACUGGGUCUAAGCGCAAGGAUGGGUUCAGGCUCUGGGGAGAAAGAAGUGAACCAGCCCUGUUGGAAUUUGAAGAGGAUGCCCAGAGAUUGAAAGCAGACGAAAUGCGUCUUAUUCGGCAAUUUGGUAAACAGGGCUCAGGACGUUCAGACCUUACUCUGCCAAGUGGUGUCCAUGUUACAUCUCAGGGUCAGCUUUUCUUGGUGGAUUGUGGGAAUGCCCGUGUUCAGGUAUUUGAUCAGUAUGGUAAUGUUUUUCAGCAAGUGACUUCCCCAAAUAAUGACCCUAGAAGCUCAUCAGGAUGCUGCCGCAAUUACUUUGAUGUGGCUGUUAAUUCCAAAGGGCUCAUUGCUCUGAGCUGUGCAGCUGAACGAGCCCUGCUCAUUUUUAAUCGACAUGGACGACUCCUGCAAACCUUUGGAGGGGGACCUUAUAUUGCAGGGGUGCCACGGGAUGAGUUGGAAGCACCCAGGGGAGUAACAGUGACUCAGAAGGAUGAAUUCCUUGUUGCAGAUAUUCGUAAAGGCACAUUAACUUCUCUGAGACUUGAGCCAAAAACUGGCUCAAGACUAGAGCGCACUUUAGUUACUGGAUUUCACAGACCUUACCUCGUGACCGCAUGUCUACACACUGGUCUUUUGGCAGUAUCUGAGCGAGGCAGUGAGGAAGGUCGACAUCCAUGUGUGAAGGUUCUGGGACCUGACUGGAAUGUUCUGCGCAUCCUGGGAGUUUGUUCUAGCAUGGGGCCUGUUCUCACCAGCCCCUGGGGACUCUGCAUUGACAGCAACGGAGCCGUGCUAGUAGCAGAUUGGGCAGAGCAGCAUUGUGUGGUGCUAUACCCACCAGAAGGUAAAGGUAGAGUAAUGAUUACUGAGGGACUAAGUAACCCCCGAGGCCUUGCCUUGCUACCCAAUGGAUUCUUAGUAGUGUCAGACAGUAUGCACCACUGCAUCAAGGUAUACCAGUACAAAUAAAUAAUUACUUCAAAACAAAUAAAAAGCUGUGGCU